AUGAACCCAUUAACUCAAUCCGAUAAUAGAAAUCGUCCAGUAUCUGGAUUCCAAGAAUUAUCUUCAGAACUUGAUAAUAUCUAUAACAGUUACUCCCAAUCAAGUCAUAAUCAUAGUGUUGAUACCCUUGAUUCUCAAAAAGAUCAAGCUCCAACUAAUCUUCAUCAUUCAACUAGUAGUUCAAAUCGAUUCUUACAAUCUAUAAAUCAAAAAUUACAUAUAUCAUCUCGAUUAUCUUCCAUUCAUUUAGAUGAAGAUGAAAAUAUCACAAGAAGUGCUCCUGAAACUCCCAAUUCUUCUUCAUCCUUUGAUUUCACUCCUCGACCUCAUUCUCAACAUCAUGCAUUAACCAAUUCUUCUUUAAAUGUAUUACUAGAUACUCCCACCACGGAUGCUGAAUUCAAACAAUUGUUUGGAUCUCCUCUUCAAAAUGAAUCUGGCAUUGAAGAUGAUGAUGAUGAUGACGAUGAUAAUGAUGACGAUGAAUGGGAUAAUAAAGGUGCUGCCGUAAAACAAAUCAAAGAUGCUAAUAAUACCAAAAUUAUAAGAAGAGGUGUAUCCGAUUUCCAAUUUGGUAAACAAUUAGGUGAAGGAUCUUAUUCAACUGUUAUCCUUGGAACUGAUAAACAUACUUCAAAACAAUAUGCCGUCAAAAUCCUCGACAAGAGACAUAUCAUCAAGGAAAAGAAAGUUAAAUACGUUAAUAUUGAAAAACAUGCUUUAAAUCGAUUAAGUAAUCGUAUGGGAGUUAUCUCAUUAUAUUUCACAUUCCAAGAUAAAAGUUCAUUAUAUUUUGUCCUCGAUUAUGCAUCAAAUGGUGAAUUAUUAUCAUUAAUUAAACGUUAUGGAACAUUAAGCGAAGAUUGUACUCGACAUUUUGGAGCUCAAAUCCUUGAUGCCAUCAAAUACAUGCAUGAUAAUGGUGUUAUUCAUCGUGAUAUCAAACCAGAAAAUAUCUUACUUGAUGAUAAACUUCGAAUUCAAAUCACUGAUUUCGGUACCGCAAGAUUAUUAGAAAAGAAAAAUGAUGAAAGUGAAGAAUACCCUGUUGAUGUUCGAGCUAAAUCAUUCGUCGGUACCGCUGAAUAUGUUUCUCCUGAAUUAUUAGAAAAUAAAUAUUGUGGUAAACCAGGUGAUGUAUGGGCUUUCGGAUGUAUCAUUUAUCAAAUGAUUGCUGGUAAACCACCUUUCAAAGCAACUAAUGAAUAUUUAACGUUUCAAAAAAUUACAAAAUUACAAUUUGCAUUCAGUGCUGGUUUCCCUAAUAUUGUGAGAGAUUUAAUUAAACAGAUAUUGGUUUUACAGCCAUCUAAGAGAGCCACGAUUCAAACUAUUCAAAAUCAUUACUUUUUCCAAGGAAUUAAUUUCGAUGAUUUUGAUCUGAUAUGGUAUAAGGAUCCACCGGAAUUAGGUCCAUAUAAAAUGACAGCUAAAUCAAUGAUGAAAAUUCCUGAAUUAUCAAAAUCAGCAUCUCAAGUCACAGUCACUAAAAAGAUAUAUAAAAGACCUACCAAUAAUAAUUCCAAUUCUGAUGUUACUCCAUUAACAAGAAGAGCCUUGAGUGAAAAUAAUACUAAAUUAGUUAAUCCUGCAAGUGUGGCUGCAUUUGUCCUUAAUAAGAAAGAUGGAGUAACUGCCGAAAAUAGUGAAGAUUCAUCAAAUGAUAGUCCAAAUGAAAGUGAACCAGUCAGAGCUACGAAUUCAUCUAGUCUGAAUUCAGUUACUCCAAAAGCAACACCAACACCAGAUUAUAUUCCAGGUACCAAUAUCUUAAGACCAACGAUUAAUACUCGUCAAAAUUAUUCUCGAUCAAUCACCCAACGAAAGGCAAGCAACAACAAUAAUGGUUCAAGUAAACCGAAAUCUCGGGUUAUGGAUGUCGCUCCAUUAAGUACAUUAGAAGCAGCAUGGAGUCAAUAUCUUAAACAUGGUGAUGAAAGAAUCUUAAAAUUAGGACCAGUAUUGGUUCAUCGGGAACCAACUGAAUCAUUUGAACGAAAGAAUAAAGGAUCAUUACAUGAUUCACCAUUAGGUUAUACUAAUAAAUUACUGUCAUCAGUGGCUCCACCAUCAAGAGGCUCAAGUUUACUUACUCAAGUUGUGAAGGGUUCUACUGCUGGAUUAAGACAUGCUGAAUCAAUGAAUUCUGAUGAUUCUUAUCAAUCCGCUGAUGAAACUGACGCUAUUAUUGAUUAUUUUGAAAUUGAAGAAACGGGUGAAGGUAAGAGUAAUAGUUUAACAUCUUCUACCAGUUCAAAUACAAGACAUCGAGGAUCAUCACUUUUAAAGAGACUUGGGUUUUCGCAUAUUGAUAAAAAGGAUAAUUCAUCAUCCGAUUCAAGUUCAGUGUCAGGUACACCAACUCGUCAACAUGCAUUAGAAAAAACUCGAACUUGUACAAUGGUUAUCACUACUCAUGGUCGAGCUUUGAUUUUCUUUAGAGAUGAUAAAGAAACUAAUUAUCGAUUGAUAAGUGAAGUUAAAUUGAAAUAUCCUUUUAUUCAAUUUAAAGAAUUAGUAUCAUCAUCUAAUAAAUUUCAAAAAUUAUUACCAAGUACAGGUAUAUUUGCUAUUGAAUCACUGAAUACAACUUUAGUAUUUGAAGUUGAGAAAUAUGAAGUAACUACAUGGACAGAAGCAUUAGCUAAAGCUAAAUAUAAUCAAUUAGAACGAGAAUUUGAAAUGUCAAGAACAAAUAGUUCUGUCAAUCUGAGUGUGGUUACUAGUAAUACUAAUAAUAGUUCACCAAAAUUACAAGAUUCACCUUCAUUUGCCAGUAUAAGUCAAAAGAGAGUUCCAUCGGAUGAUAAACCUCGUAGACCUGAUAAUGGAGGACUUGUGAUAACUAAACGUCCAACAACUCCCACUACCCCAAUAUCACCAACGAUUAGAGCUGUUAGUGAUAGUAGUAGUAGUAGUAAUAAAACUCAAGCUAAUAAUCUUAUGAAUUCAAAGAUUAAAAUCAAAGUUCCAAGAAGGAAACCUCCACCUCCUAUGAGUCCAAUCAAUGGAGUUAAUAUGCAUACUGGAUUAGCGGCCUCUGAUUCCAAUGAAAGUGGAAUGUUACAUGCUGCACAAUUGGCGGUAUCUAAUAAUGCACAUAUUGCAUUAACUAAUAAUAGACGAUCAAGUUUUACUAAGGAUGAUUUAUCAAGAGUUGUAUCCCCAUCUUCACUGCUUAAACAAGGGAUUAGAACGGGGAGAAAAGCUGCUAUUACAUCUAUGAAUUCCAAAUUGUUGGCUAGAAGUCAAAGAAAGAAAUAG